GAAAGUUGAAAAAUUAGAUAUCAAGAAUAGACGAUGUGGAACCAUAUCCACUUCUCACACAGGACAGGGAAAUGGCAACCAUGUCCCUUACAGUUGCAGCACCUUCUCUUUCCUUUCCUUCAACUCCCUCUCUCACCAAACUCCAUAGCCGUGUCCUUCACAUCAAGCCCCUCCACUGCACUCCCAUUCACCAACAACACGUACUUCUUCUUUUCUUCGCCAUUAUUGAAUUCAUUCAACUCAAAAGCUUCAUCCACCUCAUAUGUUUGUUCUUGAUCAAGGUUGAUGCAGAUGCAGCUAUCAUGUGUGAGCCUUGCAAUGGAAAAGGGUGGUUAGUCUGUGACUUUUGUAAAGGCCAAAAGACCAACAUCAAAGCCGAAAACAAACGUAUCUAUCGAAGAUGUCCCUCUUGCAAAGCCGUUGGGUAUGUCUUGUGUUCUAACUGCAAGGUCUUCAAAUGCGUCACUUUUCCUAAUUUCGAAGAUUCCCAGAACUGAAUUGACCAACAACUUUCUUUUUCACAAUUUCAUGCCAUAGUGAUUACGCUAAUCAGCAACAAGGAUCGAUUCUCUUGUUUAUUUUCAUUCUUCACACCUGCUCUUGUCGAUCUCCUAUACAAUUUUACUUCUUUAAGAUGAAUCAAUUUUAUUUACUGGUCAAAAAGUUAAGGAAAGAGAUGAUACAGUGUUUCACUGUCAUCUCUGUUUUGUAUCUCAUGGAUUACUGUAAGUGAUGUGAUCCAAAGAAUUGUAAAUGUUGAAGCUUGAUAAUGUUAUGCGUUCUUGCUGCUCAUUACAAUUUUUUUUUUUUCGA